UGGUCAAUUUGUCACAGCUCGUCGUCGAGAAGUCGCGUUGUGCACGUGCAAACCGCCUCGAACUUCCCCAACUCCGGCCAGUUCGUCGUUUGUCUUCAACCUCAAGACAAAAGGGAAUCAGUGGCACCGCGACAAACACCGUCCGGCUGUUGUCUUCACAAGACCGCUCAAGCGCACACGAUGGGCGACGCCGAGAGCGGAAAUCUCGGGGUGCCGACGACGCAGAAGCCGUCAAAGAAAGCCGCGCGUCCUGCAGCCCCUGUCGUGGUGCCCAAGAACGCCUACGACGUGCAGCGGCUCAAGCUCGAGCGACUCAUGGAGCACCCCGACCGCCCCGUCGUCAUACCGGAGCCCGCCAAGCCCCGGGCGCCGCACGACGCUCCCGAGUUCGUGCGGAACGUGAUGGGCUCGAGCGCGGGGGCCGGGUCAGGCGAGUUUCACGUCUACCGACACUUGCGACGCAAGGAGUACGCUCGUCAAAAGUACAUCGACCAGCGCGCGCACGAGGACCAGCUAGACGCCGAGUUCCGCGAGCGGGUCGAGCGAAAUCGCCGCGAAGCCGAGGAGAGGACUGCCAAGAAAAGGGCUAAGCGGCUGCGUCGGAAGCAGAAGGCGAAGGAGCGUAGGACUUCGGGCAAGACGUCGACCGGCAGUGGCGCGGCGGACAGUUCGUCGUCCGAAGAUGAAGAACAAGAGACCGACGACAACAGCCGAGCGUCGGAGGACGCGACGACUUCGGAGGAGACGGAUAAGCCCACAGCAACGGAGAUAGCCCCCGGCAACGAUCCCGACGCUGUAAGCCGCGAAACUAACGAGAAGUCUUCCGGCAGCUCGCCCCAAGACGAGGAGGAACGCGAUGAGGGCACAACCGCGGCCUCGCACACGACAACGACACUUGCGAGUAGUAAGCCUAGCGAGGACUCCACAGUGGAAGGAGCUGCUCCCGACAACGACGCGACGAUUUCAGCUGGCGCCGGCGAUACCGGCCAAGAACCGCGCCGGGUUCGAAUGUUAACGGCCGACGCAACUGACAUCUGCACGCAGGCGACUACGGGAUCCGAACCCGGCGACCCAGCGGUGAGCGAAAUGGCCUCCUGAGGGGGCCCCCUAAUAUUCGUCCAGAAAACCCGGCCGUUAAGAUGUGUGGACAGCGCCGGAAUUCGCCAAAAAUUAGGAUAAAGUGACUGGCGCACGGAAAUGUUAUGAACUUUCAGUGCCACGAACUGUUUUUGCAACAACGUGCGAGUGGGCGUCAUGACCGAGGAUUGUACCCCUCUCUUAGGUUGUGUGGAAAACUGAUACUCGUAAGUUUGUUUCGCCACUAUGUGGCUGCCUGUUACAGAAAAAGAAUAAACGAAGUGUUUGUUUACGA